AUGCUUUUCCCAAGCGCACACCACCACCACCACCAUGAUAGCUCCCCUGCUAGCAGUUCUUCCACCAGCCCAUCACCGUCAAUACUACUACUGCUGCUGCAUGCCACCACCACCAACCACAAGCUGCCGCUGCCGCUGCUGCUGCUUCCGCGCGCCCGCGGUCGUUUCUCGCCCCCCCCCCUCCCUUCGUCCCGCCCUCUCUCCGGCCUGCCUGCCAGCCCAGCCAACCUGCAAGCCAACCUGCAAGCCUGCCGGCCGGUACGUGCACGGCUUGUUCCCCCCCCUGGAUCAAGCCAGUCAGUCAGUUCGGUCAUACGGUCACUUGCCCAUUGA